CAGCCCUGACAUAAUAGUCAGCUGAGUUGCAAAUUUUUGGCGCGCUUCUGUUGUACAUAAUAAAUAUUGCACAAAAUGCCAAGAACAAAUAGAAAUGACAAAUUAACGCCACUGCGCAUUGUUAAUGCAAAACGCAUUUGCAUUGAGCGUGUUAAGCCGACAGACACUCGUGCGAGCGCGGUGGAAAACAAUGAAAGUGUGCUUUGGCCGGAAAAUGACUCCAGCUUCUUUUCCCAUGUGAAACUAGAGGAUAUGUUUAGUGGCCAAGAUGCUGUGGUGUCUGCUCCAUUCAAAGGCAACAUGACGCAAAUAGCAGCGGAUGACAGUCUGUUUGGUGACUUAUCUCUGUCUAGCAGAAGGAAUGCAACAGAUGAGCAGGUGAAUCAGGUGAACCAGAUGAGUCCAAAGGAGCAGUCAAGUUUCAAAGCAAUCAACAUGUCCGACUUGAGCCUGGCUGAGGCUGAGGAUAUUUUCCAGGGAAUUGAUAACGAUGACAAGCCAGAUGUGCAGAACACUCAACUCUUCUUGGAUGCAAUGCCAGCAGAGAUGAAGCAGAUCAACCAGAGAACCGAAGACGAGUCCAUCUCCGUCUCCAUGUCUCAGUCCAUGUCAUUCAUAUCGAAAUCCAUUCUAGAUGGCAUUGUUCAGGGCACACAAUACGAAACAUAUAAGACUGCUAAAAAUCGCACAAUGCUCCAAACCCAAAACGAAUCAGCUGAACUCGAUCUCGAUCAGUUGGAUUGGCAGACACAGGUAUUUGCUGAAUUUGAAGCUGCCAAGGAAGAAGAUAGUUUUCCAUCCAAGGGCGACUUCUAUGGACUGCCGGAUAAGGUAAAAAAAUUGAUAUUUGAGCACAAGGGAAUCAACAGUUUAUAUGAGUGGCAAAAUGAAUGCCUCAAUCUUCCUGCCAUCCGAAAGCGCAAGAAUCUCAUUUAUGCACUGCCCACAAGUGGCGGAAAAACUUUGGUUGCCGAAAUUCUAAUGCUACGUGAGCUGCUCUGCCGGGAACGUAACGUUCUUUUCAUUCUUCCGUAUGUGUCCAUAGUGCAGGAGAAGGUCAGUGCCAUGUCACCGUUUGCAAUUGCCAUGGACUUCAUCGUUGACGAGUAUACGGCGGGCAAGGGCAAGUGUCCGCCACAGCCACAGCGCAAGAGACGUAGCCUGUUCAUUGCAUCUAUAGAAAAAGGUGCCGUCCUUAUGGACAGCUUAAUUGAUGCUGAAAGACCCCAUGAGAUUGGCCUGGUUGUUGUCGAUGAACUGCAUCUGAUUGGGGAACGUGGACGUGGCGCCACACUAGAAGCAUUUCUCAGCAAAGUUAUGUUUUUGAACGCCAACAUUCAAAUUGUGGGCAUGAGUGCUACGAUUGGAAAUUUGAAUGAGAUUUCUGCUUUUCUGCAUGCGGAUGUUUAUACGCGAGGCUUUCGUCCGGUGGAGUUGAAGGAAUACAUCAAAUGUGGCACUGAUAUACUGGAAAUCAAUGCAUCUGGGCAAACACUUGAGGACAUUUUCGUGCUAAAGCGUAGCGUUAACUACAAUUAUAGUUCUGCUGUGGCGCGCGCUGAUCCGGAUCAUCUGGCUGGUUUGGUCAGUGAAUGUGCACCGGAGCAUUGUUGUCUAGUGUUUUGUCCCACACGCAAGAAUUGCGAGAAUGUUGCGCUUCUUUUAAGCCGAAUUGUGCCUAAACAAAAGUUCUUUGAGCAUCGCCAGAGCGAGAAAGUUGAUCUUAUGAAUGCCCUGGACGCAAUGUGUGGCAUUCUAAGUCCCGUGCUGGCCAAGACAUUACCUUAUGGCAUUGCCUAUCACCAUUCCGGCCUCACAACGGACGAGCGCAAAUAUAUUGAGACUGCCUAUCGUUUUGGCGUCAUCACCGUCAUUUGCUGCACAUCCACAUUGGCCGCCGGGGUUAAUCUGCCCGCCAAGCGUGUGAUUAUCCGUGCUCCCUACGUCGGUCAGGACUUUAUGACCCUGUGCAAGUACAAGCAAAUGGUUGGACGCGCUGGUCGCGCUGGUUUAGGUGAAGCAGGCGAAAGUAUUCUUAUCACACAGAGCAAGGACAAUUUGCAAGUGGGUGAAAUGCUCUUCUCACCCAUGGACAAGGCGUUGAGCUCCUUGGAUCAAAUGGAAGCCGUUGGCUUGCAGUCUUUAAUUCUUAGCGUUAUUGGACUAAAUCUGGCUGACUGUCGACGUGAUCUAAAUCGUUUGGUGAACAGCACACUGCUGGCUGUGCAGGCUAAUGCCUUGGAAAUAGCUGUGGAUGAGCUGGUGCUGCGAAUCCUGCGUGAUAUGUUUAAAAACAAAGUUCUAAAACUAUGCGAUAGUGUGCCAAAAGGAACGCCAAACAGUUCAGAUAUUAUGACCACACAGGAUAUGACUCUAAGCAAGCAUUCGUUUGGUUACGGUUCAGUAUCUGGGCCUGGAUCAAAUCGUCGUCUGCUCAUUAGUCAGUCCACAAGGUUUCAGCUGACCAGCAUUGGUCGGGCCGCCUACAAAGCCGGCAUCGAUUACAAACGUGCCUUUGCCAUACACAAGGAACUGAAGCAGGCACAGCAGCAAUUGAUCCUCAGCAACUAUGCGCAUCUAUUGUAUUUGGUUGUCUGCUUCAAUUCCAAUGAGCGUGGUGACGAACUCUUUCCAGCGGAUGCCAGCAUUCUCUUUCGGGAAUACACUUCGCAGUCAGCAGCUAAGCAGGGAUUAUUUAAACAACUGGGCUUUACGGAAGCCCUUGCCGCCAGAUUGGCCAAAACACAGUCAGUGCAGGGCCCAUUGGUCCUGCAAUUGAAUCGUCUCUACAAAGUGCUUAUACUGUGUGAUGUCAUGGAUCUGUUGCCUCUACCCAACGUGGCCAACAAGUACAACAUCGAACGUGGCACAUUGCAGCAUCUCAUCAGUCAAUCGACUUCGGCGGCCAGCGCCAUUGUCAGACUCUGCGAGCAAAUGGAUGAAUUUUGGUGCUAUAAACCAUUGUUUGAACGCAUCCACCAUAAAAUAGAUCGCUGUGGCACUUUGGAAUUGGAAGCACUGCUCGAACUUCCUGCAGUUAAGAUUAAUCGCGCAAAGCAGCUUUAUGCAAAAGGCUUUCGUACUGUUGAGGAUGUAGCAAAAACACGACCCAUGGAACUCGUAAAAACCGUUGAAUUUAUGCCUUUAAAAGUGGCCACCGAAAUUGUAUCUGCAGCCAAGAUAAUUUUAAUGAAAAAAUUGGAUAAUCUGGAGGAGGCAACGGAGGGCCUUAAGAAUUGUUUAUACUUUUCAGAAGCGAAACAAAUUAAAGAUGAAUAAACUAAGUAAUAAUAAUA